UUCUUACCGCUGGGGGCAGUAAUGACCCGUUUUGUUUUCUGCUACGGCCUGAUUACAUGUAGAAGAAGACAAAGAGCAAGAAAAGAAAAAGCAGGUGAAGAUCACGCACCGAGAAGAUACUAACGUUGUUUUAAAGAUGGGAGACAGUGACGAUGAGUACGAUCGCAGGAGACGGGACAAGUUCCGACGCGAGAGAAGUGACUACGACCGCUCGAGAGAGAGAGAAGACCGGCGCAGAGAUGACUGGAACGACAGGGAGUGGGAUAGGGGUAGAGAACGACGUAGCCGCGGAGAGUACCGGGAUUAUGACAGAGGUCGUAGAGAGAGAUUCAGCCCGCCCAGACACGACAUGAGUCCCCAGCAGAAACGCAUGAGAAGAGACUGGGAUGACCAUGGUGGAGAGCCUUACCGUGGGGGGUACGACUUAGGUUAUGGCGGCGGUGGGGGCGGUGGUGGUGGUGGCGGUGGUGGCGGCGGUGGUGGAGGGCCAAGCUAUGGCCCGCCACAGCACUGGGGUCAUCCUGACUUGCACCUCAUGCAGCCUCAUCAUGGCAUCCCUAUUCAGGCGAGGCUCGGUAACAUCCAUGACAUGGAUUUAGGUCCACCCCCUCCCAUAAUGAAGAGUUUUAAAGAGUUCCUGUUGUCCUUGGAUGAUUCAGUGGACGAGACGGAAGCCGUGAAGCGCUACAAUGAGUACAAGAUCGACUUCCGCCGGCAGCAGAUGCAGGACUUCUUUUUGGCUCAUAAAGAUGAAGAGUGGUUUAAGUCCAAGUAUCACCCAGAUGAGGCCAGCCGGCUGAGGGCAGAGGCCCAGAGUGGCCUGCACAACCGCCUGAAUGUCUUCAUGUUCCUGAUGGAGAACAGCUGGUUUGAUAAUGUCUCCCUGGACAUUGAACAGACACCAGCCAUCAUUAAGGUUCUGGACGCAGCCGUAAUAAAGAUGGAGGGAGGGACGGAUCAUGAUCUUCGCAUCUUGGACCUGCCGUCUGAAGAGGAGGAGGAAAGGGAGAGGUCGGCGGCCGUUGCAGCCGGCGCUGAACCUCCCAAGAGAGAGGAUCCCAAGUCCUUAGACGGCGAUCGCAAGCCUUUGGUAGAGAAAGAUAAAAAUGAGAAGGAGGAGAGCGACUCUGCCAGCACAGAAAGAGCCGCCCCUUCUGCAGCAGUAGGGGAGGUUGUGAAGGAGGAGGCAGAGAAAGAAGCUGCCAAAGAAGAAAUGCCUGAACCCAAGAAACCGAGAAGAAAGAGGAAGCGCAGCGGAGACAGCGACGAUGAAGCCAGUGCUUCAGAGAGUGACUCUGACUCUGACUCUAAUUCAAACUGCUCUGAUAAACCUGUGAAGAAGGAAGACAAGGAUGAGGAUGAGGAAGAGGAGGUUGAAGAGGGGAAACCGAAGGAGAAUGCGGAAGUAGACAACAAGGAGGAAAAGAAACCCAAAGAUGACUCCCCCAGGCCACGGCCUCUCCACAGGACCUGCUCCCUGUUCAUGAGGAGCAUCGCUCCCACCAUUUCAAGAGCUGAGAUUGUUGCUCUCUGCAGGCGGUACCCUGGCUUUCUGCGUGUGUGCUUGUCGGACCCCCAUCCAGAGCGCAGGUUUUUCAGACGUUGCUGGGUUACGUUUGACCGUAGCGUCAACAUCAAAGAGGUUUGCUGGAACCUUCAGAAUAUUCGGCUGCGUGACUGUGAACUGGCACCAGGCGUGAACAGGGACCUGGCCCGCAGGGUGCGUAACGUUAAUGGCAUCACUCAGCACAAGCAGGUGCUGCGCAACGACAUCAAGCAGGCGGCCAAACUCAUUCACGCCUUGGACGACAAAGGAGAACUGUGGAAUGUUAAGUCCCAGGGGGAGAGGCACAGGGAGAGCACAGAGCUACCGGCUCAGAACCCCAUCUUGAAGAACAUCACAGAUUACCUGAUAGAGGAGGUAAGUGCUGAGGAGGAGGAGCUCCUGGGCUCCGGCAGCGGGAUGGGCUCAGAGGAGAGCGUCAAGGAGGGGAACCCGACCGAGACGACUGUGGAGAAGGACGACAAACUCGCCAAGGUUUUGGAUCGUCUGAUCUUGUAUUUGCGUAUUGUGCAUUCAAUCGACUACUACAACACCUGUGAAUAUCCCAGCGAGGAUGAAAUGCCUAAUCGCUGUGGCAUGAUCCACGUCCGUGGACCCAUCCCUCCUAACCGCAUCACACAUGGAGAAGUGCAACAAUGGCAAAAAAUGAUGGAGGAGAAGCUGAGUCCUUUGUUUAGUUUAAAAGAAAUCCUCUCUGAGGAAGAAGCAGGAAAGAUGGGCCGCAAGGACCCCGAGGACGAGGUUGAGAAGUUUGUGAAUGCCAACACUCAAGAGUUGGGGAAGGACAAAUGGCUCUGCCCACUAAGUGGCAAGAAAUUUAAGGGUCCUGAAUUUGUACGAAAGCACAUUCUGAACAAACACGGGGACAAGAUUGAUGAAGUGAAAAAGGAAGUGGAGUUUUUCAAUAAUUUCCUGAUGGAUGCCAAGAGACCGUCACUGCCUGAGAUGAAACUUCCUCCUCUUCCAGGUCCAGGUCUGCUUUCUCCCACCAUGCCAUUUCCUCCUCAAGGUCCUCAAGGUCCUCAGGGUCCGAUGGGCUUUGCACAGCCUCGCCCACCACUGAUGGGCUAUGGUGGUGGACCCCCAUACCCUCCCAACCAAUAUGGAGGAGGCAGAGGCAACUAUGACAACUUCCGCGGACAAGGUGGCUACCUCGGGAAGCCACGCAACCUCAGGUGAGACCACCAAUGUCACGCGGGGAUCCACGCAACAUUGUCGAAUACCGUGACCUGGAUGCUCCAGACGACAUGGACUUCUUUUAGAAGGGUCACUUGGUCCUUUACGUUGUCUUUCUUUCAGUAUUCUUUUUGUAGUGAGAAUUGUUCUUUUCUUAAAUAUUUUCUUUUGUCAUAAUUGUGCAACAAGAACAAACUUCCGCUGUAAAAUGAUUCCUCAAUAAAGUUGUGAUCAAACCACA